AUGCCUCCGCGCAAGAGAAAGGCGGUAGACGACCCGUACAGCGGCUACUCGACUUACACCUAUGCCUCAAGUUAUCCUGCCGCUGCUGUGCCUGGCCCUUCCGAGAGCAACCCCCCGGUCGCGUCGAAACCGGCAGCGAAGAGGCAGCGCAAGGCGAAGGACCCCGACGCGCCCGUGCCCGAGAAGCGCGGCGCCAUGUUCAAGAAGGCGUGUCCGAAGAACAUCAUAGAACGCGUCGAGAGAGUCAUGCAACAAAGGUUCUUCAUGAUUGACAGGCGCCGACAAGGAACUGAGCUCAAGGAGGAGUUCAGCGUGCUGGGCUCUACGGGCAAUGUGUACACGGUGGUAAUUGACAAGAAGCCGUCCUGUACCUGCCCUGAUGCGAUGAAAGGCAACCACUGCAAGCACAUUCUCUUCAUCUUCCUCAAAGUCCUCCAGGUCACACAGAAGUCUGGGUACUGGUACCAGAAGGCACUCCUGACCUCCGAGCUAGAGGAGAUAUUCGCUGAGGCACCCCAAGCGCCCGCUGCUAUUGCUCAUGAACGCAUCCGCAAUGCGUACGCCCUGGCUACAGGAAAGGCCAUUCCCUCCGGUUCACAGAAAGGUGGGAAGAAACGCCUGCCUGAGAAAGAAGAUGACUGCCCCAUCUGUUACGAGAACAUGCACGGCGUUGCAGAGACGCUGCUAUCGUUCUGCGAGGAAUGUGGCAACGGACUGCACAAGGAAUGCUUCCAGCAGUGGGCCAACACGGCCAAGGGCGCCGCGACAUGUGUCUUCUGCAGGGCUAAGUGGGUCGCUCCUGUCGCAGCUGGAGCAAGCAAAGCCGCGGGCCGCUCUGCAGAGGGUUACAUCAACCUAGCCAGCGUUGCUGGUGUGAGCCCAGCUCGUGACACCAGUUCCUACUACCAAGGCCCCACUCGAGGGCGCCGUUACUACGGCUUCCGCGAGUACGAAGACUAUCUGUGACAAUCUGCGUUUUACGUUCAGGUCCGAUACAUUACGACGCGUCCUAUUCAGUGGCCCUACUGUAUGUUGGCUUACUCUAUUCAGCCAUAUUUGUC